AUGCCCACGCGCAAGGCGGACGAAAUCACUGGAAACUCCCCCGGUGGUAGUGACAAUAAAAAUAACAUCCACAAUCACAAGGAUGAUGAAAACACCCCAGUUGCCAAGAAACUGAAAUCCUCUCCGACCGACAUGAUCAUCAAGUUGGGAGCGGAAAAAUACGAAUAUCAUUGCCAUUCCAUCCACAUGGCCAUGCAAAGUGACUUUAUCGAUGCGGCUUUGGCCUCACCGAUGCGAGAAAGCGUCACCAAGGUUAUUGAACUCCCAGAUGUAACUCCCAAAAUAUGGGGAUUGAUGAUGAAGAUUAUUGAUUCCCCGCACGUGGCUAACUUUCUAGGCACGACCAUGGGCGACGUCCUCUUGGCAGCCGAAAAGUUUGACCAAUAUCAAUUUAUCAAUGGUCUUGCCUGUUGUGCCAAACAGGUCUCACUGGGAUUUCAUCAAUUGAAUAAAAUGUUCCACACGGAUCGAUUAAAAGCGGAACUCAAGAUCAAUAGUGCGAUACGGCACGCCAUUCAAUGCGACAAGAUGCAACUGAAGCAAUCCAUGCCGUCGGUGGUGGCCUUUUUUCGACUGGCACUAGCAAUGCCAAAAGAAGGAAAAAGCUACAGUGGUGGACUCAGCUUCAAGGAAGAACAAUUGAAACUGCUGGCACCGCUGAUAGCCAAAGAAAAAUUGGUGGGUGAUCGGUGGACCGAGGAGGAGAUCUUAUGUCCGCUAUUUCCAAAGCACUAUUUGGCUACCUUAAUGAAGGUAUAUGAAGACAAGACCUUUGGGCCCAUGCACCAGCGCAAGCCCAUGAAGCAGGCGACCUUGUGGCUCAAAAAGGUCACCAAGACGAAAAAGUACAAAAUUUCCGUCCUCCGAAACACGAAUCAAUCCAGCGCAACCCCUUCCUUCAUUGGUAGUCCCCAACCGCAUAGUAGCAUAGAAUGGGGCAAUGAUGAAUUACCAAAUGCCAUGAUAGGCUUGAAAAAGCUUUCCAAUGGCGGCAACUGGGUAAUUGCCACUGCACGAACGGUUGUCGGGGAGAAUGGGCAUCACCCACACUCCCAAGUGUUGUGGAGGUGUCCCAUGAGCACCAACUUUGUCAACUUUCCACCCACAAAGGGAUGGGUCAAAGUAGACGAGGAUGCUCCCAAGGGUUCCUUGAGGAUUGAAUUGGGAGAAACGGAUUCCGAUCGUCAUUCUUCGUCUCCUUCUGCGGUUAUGGCUCGUCAUCGACGGCGGGUGCAUGUGGCUGCUGCUGCUGCUCCUCCUCCUCCUCCUGCUGCUCGCAAUGAUGAUAAUAAUAAUAAUAAUAACGCUGCAGGAGCUGGAGCUGGAGGGGACAAUGCUCCAGCACAAGGUGGUGGUGGUCCAUUGAACGUAAUAGAAUAG